GCGGCUGGGAGGUGAAGUGGAAGACAGCAGGAGAGUCGGAGUAAAUGGGCGCACUUUGUGUAGCUUGUUGAAGGACUUAUCAACUUAAAACACCACCGAAACAGCCCACUGUAAUGAGACGGAGACAUUGUUGAGUUCCUGCCCAGAUAACCAGGAUUGACGCCCGUCUGCAAACUCCAGGACCUGGUCUUUCGCCUCCAGCUUGACGGAAGGAACGUUUGGGAACAAGGUGACGCUCCCUGUGGGAACCCUGGAUCCUCCACCCUUCCCACCAACAUGACCAAUGUGGUGAUCGUCAAGGAGGGAUGGCUGCAUAAAAGAGGCGAAUACAUCAAGACCUGGAGGCCGAGGUAUUUUCUGCUGAAGAGUGACGGUACUUUCAUUGGCUACAAAGAGCGACCACAAGAUGUUGACCAGCUGGAAACCCCCUUGAAUAACUUCUCAGUAGCACAGUGCCAGCUGAUGAAGACAGAGCGACCCAAACCCAACACAUUCAUCAUCCGCUGCCUGCAGUGGACUACUGUCAUCGAACGCACCUUCCACGUAGACACCCCCGAGGAGAGAGAGGAGUGGACCAAAGCCAUCCAGACGGUGGCCGAAGGUCUUCAGAAGCAAGAGGAGGAGAUGAUGGACUCGUCUCCGGACCCCAUGGACAUGGAGGUCUACCUGACCAAACCCAGACAAAAAGUGACUAUGCAUGACUUUGAAUACCUCAAACUCCUGGGAAAAGGCACUUUUGGCAAAGUUAUCCUGGUAAAGGAGAAGGCCACAGGACGCUACUACGCCAUGAAGAUCCUAAAAAAGGAGGUGAUCGUAGCGAAAGAUGAAGUGGCACACACACUCACAGAGAACCGAGUGCUGCAGAAUUCAAAGCACCCAUUCUUGACAGGACUGAAAUACUCCUUCCAAACACACGACCGCUUGUGCUUUGUCAUGGAAUAUGCAAAUGGCGGCGAGCUCUUCUUCCACCUGUCGAGGGACCGAGUCUUUUCAGAGGAACGGGCGCGGUUCUACGGCGCGGAGAUUGUGUCGGCGCUGGACUACCUGCACGCCGAGCGGAACGUGGUCUAUCGAGAUCUGAAGCUCGAGAACCUCAUGUUGGAUAAAGACGGACACAUUAAGAUCACAGAUUUUGGGCUUUGUAAAGAAGGAAUCAAAGAUGGCGCCACCAUGAAGACGUUCUGUGGAACACCAGAGUACCUGGCGCCCGAGGUGCUGGAGGACAACGACUACGGCAGGGCGGUGGACUGGUGGGGUCUGGGCGUGGUCAUGUAUGAGAUGAUGUGCGGCAGGCUCCCUUUCUACAAUCAAGACCACGAGAAGCUGUUUGAGCUGAUCCUCAUGGAGGACAUCCGCUUCCCCCGAACGCUGGGCCUCGAGGCUCGCUCGCUGCUCUCCGGUCUUCUCAAGAAAGAACCGGUGCAGAGGUUAGGUGGCGGCCCGGACGAUGCCAAGGAAAUCAUGCAGCACAAGUUCUUCGCCGGGAUCGAGUGGCAAGAUGUUUAUGAGAAGAAGCUGGUGCCGCCGUUUAAGCCCCAAGUUACCUCGGAGACGGACACACGAUAUUUCGACGAGGAGUUCACAGCACAGACCAUCACCAUUACGCCACCGGGACAAGACGACAGCAUGGAGUCCUUCGACAGCGAGAGAAGACCCCACUUCCCUCAGUUCUCCUACUCCGCCAGUGGGACGGCCUGAACCACUGUCCAUCAAUUACUCUGGCCCCGCCUCCUCCCCACCUGACUGCACGCCCCGGACGGCUCGGGCUCGCCCCACAGUCCCGUCUGCAGCCGGCGGGAUCCCGCUCUGAGGCCGGUGCCGGUUCUGAGUGAUCCACUCAGACAAACACUACCCUGCCGGAGAACAGAAGCACCGAGAAAUGCAGCUGUGCACAAACUAGAUCUUGAAAAGGGCCUUUUGGACUCAAUUUGCGGACCAAAAAUUGUAAUGACUGAAGCGAGGAGUGAGUGCGGUGGAGCCAUUUCUGACGCUUGACAUCAGCAAAUAGCAAGUUUUACGCUUUAGUUUGAAUCCAAAAUGAAUUCAGACUCCCUAAUGUAGACAGAGAAAUAAAGAACAGGAUGAAUACAUGAGAAUGUUUCCACCUGUCAUGAGAUAGUUUACCUCGAAAUGUAGGGGUCCGAGAUGUUCCUCAACUAGAGCCAAUCCUGAAUUGAAUAAUGGCAAAUCAAAUUUCCCAGCAGCUCAAGCUGUCGUGAGGUGGAGGACACCCUGGAAAGUUCCCAUUCACACAUAUCUGGACUGUUUCGUUCCACGGUUUGGUAGUGAUGCGUGACCGGUGGGAGGAAACUGGAGUGCUUAGCUGUCCAGGGUGUCCCUCACCUGAUCAUGCGUGGCAGUGAAACUAGUGUUUGUGGAGUAUAAAUGUUUCCACCGACGACUGUCAUCCCUUGCUCCGGACACUUGUGCAAUAGUCUGGUUCUAGUGUUGACUCUCCUCAGCCUUCGUCAUCAUCAUCACCAUCAAACUACGGAGCUGUCACUUCCCGAUCGUCCUCUUCAUAGUGACACUUGAGUCCGGACUCCCCUGCUUCCCAUCUGUCUCCCUACUCUGCCUCCUCCCAACCUGCUCCCUGUUUUCCUUCACCUCGUCCUGCCCUGGAUCUCUGCCUCUGCCAAUCUUUCACACUCAUUCGUAUCAUCCCUCCAUCUUUCUUUCCCGCCCACAUUCUUUUUUUCACUGUCGGUCUCUUUUUUUUUUUUUUUUUUUUUUUUUUUUCUUUUCUUUCUUCGGAACGUAUUGGGUGUCUCCAUCCAGUGCACUCGCCGCAGCCUCAGUGAGGUCACUUAAUCAUCAUCAUACAUAUUUUAGGAAAACAAAUGACCUCCAGGGGUUAUUAGAGGUCGUCUCUUCCUCCAUCGUCUUACUUAUUUAUGAGACCAGCGAUGACAAAAUUGUGUUAUACUGUGCCAAUGACCUGCACUUUGACCCCCCCAAAAUGAUUGUAUCCGGACUAAAUUGUCGCAGAAGUAAAGGAGGCAUUAAGGCGGAGCUCAGCCGAGCUUCCGACAUGCGUCACAACAGCGGAUCGCCUCGGAAUGAAAGUGCGUUAUUGAAUGUAAUUUUUUUUAUAUGUUGUUUCCACUUCAAUCAACUUUUAAUAUCUGAUCGUCACUCGUGUCUAUGCACUCUCACCUGUUCACUGUCACCUUCUGAAAAUAGGGAAAUUCAUUUUGUACUUGUUUCAUUUCUUUUUUUUUCCCUCCUUCAUCCCAGAGACCGAGAACACCAGCUUUAGUAAACAAAUAAUAUAACUUUGUACACUGUUUAUACUUGUUUCAGAACUGAUGAAAUAAAAGUCUAAACGAUAA